UCGUCCGCCAGUUGUGUUCUAGAUUCGGUGCCGAUCGCGUGGAUUUUCCGCAACUGAGUGGGUGGUGCUUUCAAAUUUCGAGGAUAAAGCUUAAAGUUUAACUGCCGUUUGUUGAACGUUCCAAAGCCGUGCCAAAGAACGUUCCGACUUUAAAGAUUCAUUUCAAAGAAAGUGAAGGAAAUGACCAGAAGAAUAAAAAGCCACUUUCAAGUGCGGAUGUUGUUCCUGAUCUUUGGGGCAGGAGUGACGAAAGUUUAUGCUCACACGAUAGUCGAAAGUGAAUCGGGCACCAGCUCCGCACUGAGGAGCGCGGAUCUUGCCGACCGAGAAUCUAAAUCGCUGUACCGGAUCAGCUGUUCCGGCCUUAGCGAAUGUGUCCCACUAGCCGAGUGCCCGGAGCUUCUGCUGGAGACGGCCCGCCAAUGUUACCGGGGCGAUUUCAGCCUGUCCUGUGGGGUCAACGAACUGGAGCCCCACGUUUGUUGUCCGCGGCAGACCAAAUUCAACGACGAUCGGGGCGGCGAUGUCGGAUGCGGAAAAAGCAUCGUCCAAGGUGACUUCUAUAACGGCUUGGGUGCCUACCCAUUCGUGGCCCGGAUCGGAUUCAAAAAUACCAAAACAGGAUCGUUCAUCUAUCCAUGCUCCGGUUCGAUAAUCGCGCGACAAAUUGUUCUAACUUCUGCUCACUGCGCAUUGGCCAAAGCCGAUAGCCAUCGCCUAUCUUCGGUUCGAAUCGGGGACUACGAUACACGCACCGAUCCCGACUGCGCAAAUACCGGAUUCUGUGCUCCGUUAGCCAUCAACCAUGCCGUCAGCCAAAUUGUCGUCCAUCCGGACUAUGUCGAUGGUCAAUAUCAUCAUGACAUUGCACUGGUAGUGCUGCGAACGCCAAUCAAUUACACCGUUGCCGCCCAGCCCAUUUGUUUACACCGGCGGCGUCAAGAUCUGACCGUUGGCCGGCGAGUGCAAAUCAUCGGCUGGGGCAAGCUGUCCACCAGUGGAUCCCGUUCGCCGGAACUGCAAUCGCUGGAAGUUCCGCUGACUUCCUGGGACCAGUGCGUACGCUCCUACCAGACGACGGGGGCGCUCCAGUCGCCGAAAUCCAUCGACGGCGAGUGGAUGUGUGCCGGAGGUGAAGGGCGCGAUGCCUGUCUCGGAUUCGGAGGUGCCCCGCUGAUCAUCAAGGAACGGGGCCGCUACGCCCAGAUUGGUAUCAUGUCAUUUGGAGCGGAAACCUGUGGGGCCCUGAAUAUGCCCAGCGUUUACACCUCGAUUGCACAUUACGCCACGUGGAUUGAAGCCAACACGCCCACGACCUUCGUGUGAAUUGAGUAGGUUACCUAUUGAUGGUGAUUAGCUUCAUGACUUUUGAUCCAGUGAUAAUUUUUUGUACAUGUUCAAUUUAGGAUGAAAAAUACGUAAUAAAUCAAAGUGUUAGUUG